CGUAGUAUUCUGUUAGUGUUGGAUUACCAGCGAGUUUGAAGAUGACGGGACGAGGAAAAGGAGGGAAAGGACUCGGUAAAGGAGGCGCUAAGAGACACAGGAAAGUAUUGAGAGAUAACAUCCAGGGGAUAACGAAGCCGGCGAUCAGGAGACUGGCGCGGAGAGGAGGAGUCAAGAGAAUAUCAGGUCUGAUCUACGAGGAGACCAGGGGAGUGCUGAAGAUAUUCCUGGAGAACGUGAUCAGAGACGCCGUCACCUACACGGAACACGCCAAGAGGAAGACGGUCACCGCCAUGGACGUGGUGUACGCCCUCAAGAGACAGGGUCGGACGCUAUACGGCUUCGGAGGAUGAAGGGAAGGAGGCUGGUAGUUAUAAAAAAGAUUGUAAUAUAUUGAACUUGGUUUGAUUCAGCUGACGCGGACAAGGUCCUUUUGAGGACCGCUAAAAU